GGAGCAGUCGCAUCUUGCGGCUGCUGCGCCAAGUUCCCAAUGGCCCUGUGGCGUGGCUCUGCGUACGCGGGCUUCCUGGCGCUGGCCGUGGGCUGCGUCUUCCUGCUGGAGCCGGAGCUGCCGGGCUCGGCGCUGCGCUCUCUCUGGAGCUCGUUGUGGCUGGGGCCCGCGUCUGCGCCCCCGGGACCCAGCUCCCCCGAGGGUCGGUUGGCGGCCGCCUGGGACGUACUCAUCGUGCGGCCGGUCCGGCGCUGGCGCCGCGUGGCCGUGGGAGUCAAUGCAUGUGUCGAUGUGGUGCUCUCAGGGGUGCAGCUCUUGCAGGCACUUGGUCUGAGUCCUGGGAAUGGGAAAGACCACACCGUUCUGCAUUCAAGGAGUGAUCUGGAAGAAGCCUUCAUGCACUUCAUGGGGAAGGGAGCAGCUGCUGAGCGCUUCUUCAGUGAUAAGGACGCUUUUCAUGACAUUGCCCAGGUUGCAUCAGAGUUCCCGGGAGCCCAGCACUAUGUAGGAGGAAAUGCAGCUAUAAUUGGACAGAAACUUGCAGCCAACUCAGAUUUGCAGGUUCUUCUUUGCGGUCCAGUUGGUCCAAAGCUGCAUGAACUUCUUGAUGACAGUGUGUUUGUUCCACCAGAGUCAUUGCAGGAAGUGGAUGAGUUCCACCUCAUUUUAGAGUAUCAAGCAGGGGAGGAGUGGGGCCAGUUAAAAGCUCCCCAUGCCAACCGAUUCAUCUUCUCUCACGACCUCUCCAACGGGGCCAUGAAUAUGCUGGAGGUGUUUGUGUCUAGCCUGGAGGAGUUUCAGCCAGACCUGGUGGUCCUCUCUGGAUUGCACAUGAUGGAGGGACAAAGCAAGGAGCUCCAGAGGAAGAGACUCUUGGAGGUUGUAACCUCCAUUUCUAAUAUCCCUACUGGUGUUCCAGUUCACUUAGAGCUGGCCAGCAUGACCAAUAGGGAGCUCAUGAGCAGUAUUGUGCAUCAGCAGGUCUUGCCUGCAGUGACUUCCCUUGGGCUGAAUGAACAGGAACUGUUAUUUCUCAGCCAGUCAGCUUCUGGACCUCACUCUUCUCUCUCUUCCUGGAAUGGCGUUCCUGAUGUAGGCAUGGUCAGUGACAUCCUCUUUUGGAUCUUGAAAGAACAUGGGAGAAGUAAAAGCAGAGCCUCGGACCUCACCAGGAUCCAUUUCCAUACACUGGUCUACCACAUUCUGGCAACUGUGGAAGGACACUGGGCCAACCAGCUUGCAGCCGUGGCCGCAGGAGCUCGUGUGGCUGUGACACAGGCCUGCGCAACAGAAACCAUAGAUGCCAGCCGGGUGUCUCUAAGAGCACCCCAAGAGUUCAUAACUUCCCAUUCGGAGGCAGGCUCCAAGAUCAUAUUAGACCCAAACAAGCCAGUAGUAGAAUGGCACAGGGAGGGAAUAUACUUCCACUUCACACCAGUACUGGUAUGUAAAGACCCUAUUCGAACUGUGGGCCUUGGAGAUGCCAUUUCAGCUGAAGGACUCUUCUAUUCAGAAGUACACCCUCACUAUUAGGAAGGUUGUUGUGGGUAAUUCUUCUGAGGAAAGAAAAUUAGCCAAUUUAAGAAUUACAGGAAGAAAGUGGUUUGGAAAAUAGGAUUGGGGUGUCAGAACUGUUUCUAGAUCUAAUUGGAAGAUAGCCAAAGAAACAACAGAUAAAACUGUAUCAGAUACAUUCCAGCCUGUUUGUGAUUACAUAAAAACACUUCAGGUUUUAAUCAAAAUUAGCUAUCUGAAUUUAUGUUUUUUAUGUUGUGUGUUACAGGGGUAAAAACUCAACUUUCAAAUCCCCAAUUUGUGCGUCAUCAAGUAUUUUAAGCCAAACUCUUCACUCUCAAGAGCAUGUCAGCUGGAGAAAGCAGUUCCCUGUUUGCCCACUUCAGAAGUGCAUGCUCACUCACCCGCAGUCCUAGCCUCUAGUAGAGCCUGCUGCGAGGUUUUUGUCUCUCAGCUCACUGCUCAUGGGCAGAAUCAUGAUUUCCAUUCAGUGUUAUAACGAUAGUAUUUAAUAAGCAUACCUUCUCAGUUUUCUGCUCUCAAACUUGGGACAGAUUGUUUUGAUAAUGCACAGGAGGGAUUAUGCUUUAUGAUCACAGCAGAGGCUGGGGAACCUUGAGGAACCUUUGAGGGAGUCAUUCAUUCUGCAGUUGUUUGGAAGCUUGGGUGGCACUGUGAGCCGAAGGACUGUGCCUUCCUGCCCUGGCUCCUUAAAUUUUAGGCUGGCUGGUCAGAGGCUACUGUGUCUUGGGCUCAACCUCAUUGCCCAGCUCUGGAUGUGCUUUCUGCGAUAGAAGACUGAUUUUUGUUCAUUUCGAGCCUUUAAGGAAUUUGCUUUUACAACUGGAAUAUGCUUCUGUGUAUAUAAAAGAUCAUGUAUGUUUUAUAUUUUCAUUGACCCAUCCAUUAAAGAGUUUGACCUCAUAAGAGGCCCCAGGAUCAUGAAUAAAUUUGUCAUGCUAUAUAUUUAUUUUUAUAAAUCAAGACUUCU